AUGCUGAUGCUUCUAUCGCAAGUUAUAGUGGAGGUGACUCCAGGGAAUUAUAACGACGAUUCCACACCAAAGUGCCACCCUAACAAGGAACUUGCUAACAGUUACUGUGCUUCGGAUUGCAGGAGAGAACAUGACCUGCCUGAAAGUCUGGUCACAUUUUUGAUAAAUUUCGUUCUUGAUGGUGUUGGCCUAUACGCAGAAGAACUGCUGAUGAGUGCUACCGAAUGCGCGCGGCAAUCAAAUAGAUUUUGGCUGGGCCCAGGGAAUGACGAUGAGGCUAGGACGAAGACGUUUGACAAGUUGUUGGAGGCGAGGAUGAAGCUUAAUGAAUUAGCACGAGUGGCUAUAGGACGAUGA